AUGCGCCCAUCUGUGCGGUGUCGGGUGAGAUGGCGUUGUGCACCAGGAAAAAUCUAACAAGGCCAACCACACCGUAAAAGCCAUCGGUAACGUGUGUGUAUAUAUGUAUGUGUGUGUGAGUGAGGGAUGAAGAGAAGAAGGGGGAGCGGUAUGGUGCAUUGUGCGACGCGAAGUUUUACUAAACGAAAGACACCGAAGAAGGAAGAAAGCAAAAGAACGGCCCAAAGAAGUGAAGGCAAAACAGCGUGAAAGGGAAAGAAAGAAGCGAAAGAAAGCCCAGUGUGCGCUUGUGUUAGAGCGAGACGGCGCACUCAUCCAGCACGACUGCUGCUUCGCUGUGUGUUGUGUGAACACAGGGGUAGUGGUUGCGGGUUGUGCUUCGCGGAAGAAGAGCUGAAGAAGUGUGCAAAAACACAAAACGGGCCCAUAAACACACACACAAACACAGCCGUUUCAUAGCCGUUCCCGGAUCAAAGCAACAGUGUGCGGAGUGUACAGGAGACGGCCACCGUCGCCGGCUCCUACCCUGCCACUCGCCCCGCACCAAUAAACAACAGGAGAAACAAAUGCCCUUUUGCGUGUGUGUGUGUGUGUGUGACUCCGUGGUCCAUGAAACGGGGGAGAAGAGCAUCACAAAGAAGAAGCAGAAGCAAAAGAAAGAGGCAAAAGUCAACCCGUUUGUGUAGUGCAGAAAGCUGUUUUCCGAAAACGUAGAGAAGCGCGCCCUGUCUUUUUCUCUCUUUCUCGCUCUCUCUUUUCCUCUCCCGUAUGGUUGUGUGUAUGUGUGUGUGUGUGUGUUGCGUUGUUCGCCAUCAUACAUUUUCCAUCCAAACACAACAUCCCUUCCGCCAUCUGCAUUGAAGCAACAACGAAGCGUAGAGGGAAGCGAGGAGAUAAACAAAACCCAUCAAACGGAUUCCCUUUCCUGUGUGUGCGUGUGUGCGCGUGCGAGUGAGAGAGUGCAUGUGUGUGUGUGUGUGUGUGUGUGUGUGUGUGUGUGUGUGUGUGUGUGUGUGUGUGUGUGUGUGUGUGUGUGUGUGUGUGUGUGUGUGUGUGUGUGUGUGUGUGUGUGUGUGUGUGUGUGUGUGUGUGUGUGUACAUGACCAUACGCAAGCCACACUGCCUGCCGCUGCGUAGGUCUCUCUCCCUGUCUGGUUUUGGUCCGUUUCGCCGCGAAACUCUGACAGGCAGAGAGCAGUGAGGGGGGCAGGCUGUGGAACGGUUUUAAUGGCGGCUACACGUUGACAUAGGCACACGCGCGCGGCGAGGCAGUAUAGUAUUAGGAGGAAGCAACCGACAGACGACAGCGUUAGCGUCAUCGCGCAACCGUCCAUUCCGUCCAGCGGGGUAGCAUUGAGUGGUAUUAGUAUUUACCACACGCGCGCGCACACACACAGACAGCAGCAUCUCCGAUGCCAACGCACUCUUACGCCGGCCACCACGGUAUGGCGACCUUAAACUACAGAACGCCCUCGGCGGCGCCAGCACCCGCGAACGGUGUUGGGUCGAUCCACCAGCAGCACCAACACCACCAGCAGCAUCAUAACCAUCACAGCAGCAGCAGCAGCAGCAACCACUACCACCACCUUCACCGGCCGCAGCAGCAUCUUCAUCAUCAUCCUGCUGCGUCCGGUGUGCCGAAAAGUAGCAUGCUGUCGAUGUACAGCGGACUGACCAUGAACAUUCCUCCCACCGGUGCCGGGGCGGCGGCAGGUGGUUAUCUGCACCAACAGCAGCAGCAUCAUCAUCAACCGCAGCCACCGUCGUAUGCGCCUCCAUCUGCCCCAACAACAACAACAACAACAAUGGGGCAACAACCGACGGUCGUCCCGCCAGCGCCAGCAAUGGUUGAGGAGGAGGAGGAUGAUUUUUUGAGCGAAAUUACGAUCCAGUUUGAUGACGAGGUGCAAACACUGUACGUAGGUCCGGUGGAAAUUAUUGACGGUAAAGGUGGCGGCGGCGGCGGAGCGACUGAACCGACGAAGAAAGCAUCGCCACCGCCACCACAGCCGCCUGCAGCAACACCGGCGAGUGGCCGUUCGCGGGAACGCUUGCAGGAGGAGCGAGCGAUCGUCACACUCGAACCCGUUGGCGGCAGAACGAAAAGCCAACCAUUACCGAUGUACCUGCAGCAGCAACAACAGCAGCAUCAGCUGCAACAACAGCUGCAGCAUCAAUUGCAGCAGCAGCAGCAGCAACAGCAGCAGCAACAACAACACAAGCAGAAUCAACUGUUGCAGAAGCAGAAGCUGAAGCAGAACAAGCUAAAGCAGCAGAAGCAGCAGCUGCGCCAACAGGAGCUCCAGUUGCAGCAGCAGAAACAGAAAGAGCUACAGCUGCAGCAGCAGAAGCAGCAGGAGCUGCAGCGCCAACAGCAACAGAAGCAGCAGGAGCUGCAGCGCCAGCAGGAGCUGCAGCGCCAGCAGGAGCUACAGCGCCAGCAGAAACAGCACGAGCAGCAGCAGCAGCGCCAGAAACAGCAGGAACUGCAACGGCAGCAACAGAAGCAGGAAUUGAAACGACAGCAGCAGCAGCAGCAACAGCAGGACGAGCUGCGGCAGCAGCGGUACAAUCAGCAGAUGAUGCUGAAGAAGCAGGCGCUGCAGCAGCAGAUCAAUCUCCUGAGCGACCAGAACCUGCUACCGAACGGCUUGAAGGCGUUUCACGAUAUACAGCUUCAGUUGAACGCGCAGCGUCUUCAACAGCAACAGCAGCAGCAGCAGCAAAAGCAGUCCCAGCCACAGUCGAAACCACUGCCGCCACCACCACCACCACCACCAUCAACACAUCAACCACCCGCGUACGUGAACAAUCAGCAGCUCAUCCAGGAGUUGCAUCAGCAGCAGCAGCUGGCACUGCAAUUCCAGCAGCUGCGUCAUCUUCAGAACAGUAUGUUCCCGUCCACGCUGCCGGAAUCUCACGCACCGCUGCCAGCGUCCGGGGCGGCGCAACCGGUGCUACCAUGGCCCAAGGUGUGCGUAAAACAGGCGCCGAUGCUUAACUUUGUACGACACAACGGCUCGCCCAGUGGUGGCAGCAGCAGCAGCAGUAGCAGCAGCAGUACUAGCAGUGGCUACUCGUCCAGCAGUAGGGAUGCCGGUGUGGUGGGAAGCACGAAACGACCACCGGCAGCAACCCCGUUGCCGGUGGAGCGAAAAGCGCCGCAGAAGCAGCUGGAGGCGGCAGCAUCGCACCCGGUGCCGACGCCGCGCCCUGUCCAGAUGACCGAAACGGGACCGCUCGGUGAUGUGGCGCCGGCCACGGUACUGCAAUCGCUACCGACACCGGUACAAACGGCCACCGUGCGGGCGGCAGUCGAAGCUCCCAAGGCACAACCGCCACGACCGCCACCGCCGGUCGAAACGAUCGAACAGCAACAACCGACCGAGCUACUGCUGACACGACUCAAGCAAGAGCCUUUGUCCGAGGAAGUGGACGAGCAGGUGCAGGAGACGGAGAAAGGGGAGAAUGUUCCGGUGCCGGAACAGCCGAUCGUGACAACACCGUUCGUAGCGCCACCGGUAGCAUCAUCUCCGCGGCCACCAACACCCACACCGUCAGCCACAUCGCCGCCUCCCCUCGUCGACACCAAACCAACCAUCAUCAUCAUGCCCGAAGUGAACGUGUUUGAACCUGCUACAGCACCGGCGGCGGUGGCGGCAGUUCCCAUCGCUGCGCUGGAAACAAGCGUGCUGUCUGCUGUUGCCGCUGCUGCGUCAAUGACAGCGACCGCCACGGACGAGGGUGUGACGGCGGUGAAUGACGCAGUUGCUGUUUCACCGGUUGAAGCUGCUGAAGCUGCAGCAAAUGGCGUCGACGUAGCGGCGGCGGCUGCUGCCGCCGCUAUCGUUGCCCUUGGUGAGCGGGAGCGAAGCAAGGAUGAUGAAAUUCAGCAAGCCAUGACGAAUGGCGAUGAUGGUGGAGCGGUUGAUGUUGCUGCUGCUGCUGCUGCUGAGGCUGGCACGCAACAGACAACCGUGGAGGAACAGACGACGGAGGAGCAGCGGAAGGAGGCGGUGUGUUCACCCGCAUUGCCCGGGCAUGUGGCUGCGACUGUCGCCCCUAAACCUCUAAAACAACUGCAGCUAGCGCAAGCACCGCCUGUUGUGAAACGUGGCCGCGGACGGCCUCCGAAAUCAUCAUAUCAGAAAUCUCUUCCCUCGACCCCAACGGCAGCUCCUUCCAAACUUGUUCAAACGACACAUUCGACGGGACGUAAAAGUGGAAAAACUACACUUGCAAACAACAGCAAUGAAGGGAUGGAACCUUCAAUUGCAACCACAACCGAUGCGUUGGCAAGCAGCAAUAGUAGUGAGCCACCAGGGGUAAAGGAAUUAGUAGUCCUACCGCAGGCUGCAAAGGUGAAAGUGGAACAUCGAGCACAAACAGCGGCUACUGAAGAAAGCGAAUCCGCAAGAACCGAACUCGUAAGCUCCUCCUCCCCCUCUCUACCUAUCUCGACCGAGCCCGCUGCAGUGGCUGCAAUGUGUGAAAAGGAACCGACAGUAAGCGACAAACCUUCCCAGCCCGAUGCUACGAAUGGUAGCGACGAACCUGCCCACACGGUGGCGCAAUCUGGCGAGCUGAAAAAGACUUCAAAGAAGAAAGGAUACAUAUCAGUGGCGAGCCUUUUCGCGCCCGUAAAGACUGCACGCAAGGAGCAGCAGGCACCACAGCAGACUCCAAAACAGGAACCCCCGGUGGAGGAGAGCAAUGAUGAGUCGGCAGCAGCACCUGUUGUGGGGAGUGAAACGACUGAAUCUGCAUCGAACGACCAACACCAACAACUACCAACGAAUGUAGCUGAAGUGAGUGCGAGCGUUGCCGAGGACGUAGCUGAAAAUAAGACUGAGCAAAGCGUAUCAUCACCACAACCCGCGGUCGAUACGGCACACGAUGAUAUGGUGGAAGUGAACGGGCUUAGCAACUUACCGGAAGCGACCAAAGUGCAGCCGGUUGUGCUUCCGGCGGAAGUGCCGAAAGAGAGCGGCCGGGAGGGCAGCGUUGCUAGUGGCGACAAUGGGGAGUCUUGCGCUUCGUCCUCAUCCACAGAAGAAGCGGUCGGCGUAGCGAUAGAGGUGACGAAACAGUCGACCGCCGGGCCGGUGGGUGUGGACACGCUGAAAGAAUCUUCCCCUGCCAGUGACAGCGGUAUCGAAUCGGUGAACGAAUCUGGCACGCCGGCAGCUAGCAGCAGUGUGCCGAAAAGGCCCCGGGGACGCCCAAAGUCCACCGUGAGCUUUGCGGGUGCGUCAGCCAAGGAAGACAAACCGUCCCAGCAGCCGGAUCAGGCAAAGCUGCAGCAGCAGCAGCAACAGCCGCUGGUUAAGGAGGAAAAAGAGCUGAAACCACGCCCUGCCCGACGCAAAUCCAUCCACAAUGCUAGCCUCGCCAGCGAGAAGGAAGACGGUGCAGAAGAGGAGGAAUCGGCGGUGGUAGCGACGCCGGCUCGAACCGCCGGGAAGCGGGCAGUGCGUACCGCGCGCAAACCGUCCGUCAAAGCGAAGGAAGCGGCCGAAUCGGCGGAGGUCGAACAGCAGGCUGCUGCAGAGGCGGUGGCGGUUGCGGUGGCAACGUCGGCAGGUGGCGAGGCCGGAACAAAGUGUAGUAAGUGUGAGCUGUGCUUCAAGACUGAGCUGUGGUACAGGAAGCAUCUAAUCAACGUUCACGGCAUGGAGCCGGAGGAGGUAACACGAUUGUUGUUGGCGGAGGGUAGCAGUGAGAGCAAAGGUUCGUCGCCUGCUGUUUCAGAAGUGGCAGCAGCAGCGCCAGAACCAGCGAUACUUACGAACGGUGGCGAUGAGACAACGAAGCAAGUGUCGACCGUCGGUGAAACGGUGGAAGCAGCUGCUGCCGUUGCCGACGAAAGCUUACAAAACGGGCACAGCGACGAAGUGGCGCAAACGACGAACAUUUCACCAGUGGCCGCAGUUCCUUCCAAGCUUGCUCAAACGUCACCGUCGACGGGACGAAAAAGGAAAUCAACGCCCUACCAUGAAGAGGAGGAACCUUCUAUUCCAACCUCAACCGAUGCGUUGGCAGGCAGCAAUAACAGUGAGCCCGUACUGCCCGUAAAGGAAUUAGUAGUCCUACCGCCGGCUGCCAAGGUGAAAGUGGAACAUCGGGCACAAAAAGCGACCACCGAGGAGACCGAAUCUCCCCCGACCGAGCUUGCCCCGGGGCAGCAGCUCGCGAAGCGGCGCAAAUCGAGCAUUACGCCCAUCGCCACCGAAGCAACGAAGCAGGAGAAGCCCGACCCGGACGAUCCGGACAAGCUGACGCCGUUCGAAAGCGCCAAGGUGACCGUGCUCGAGUCGGAGAUGACGGGCGAAACGCACUACACGUGCACGAUCUGUGGCGGCCAGUUCACGGGGAAGGCCACGAUCAAGGAGCAUCUCGACACGGUGCACGCGGCCAUCAAGCGCCGGUCGUGCGAGUACUGCGGCCGCACCUUCCUGCAGACGGGCGAUCUGACGCGGCACGUGCGCAUCCACACGGGCCAGCGGCCGUUCAAGUGUCCGGUGGUGGAGUGCAGCUUCGCCUUCAUCUCGUCCGGCGAUCUGCACAAGCACGUGCGGCGCCACAACCAGCAGCCGAUGCCGAAGCCGCACGUGUGCGACCAGUGCGGCAAAGACUUUGAGCGCUCGUACGAUCUGAAGCGGCACAAGACGAUGCACGCGAAGAGCGAGCCCGACUUCAAGGGCAUUACGUGCGGGGUGUGCGGGAAGGUGUUUGCCCGGCGCGACCAGUUCCGGGCGCACACGUACCGGCACAUCGGCUAUCGGCCGUACCAGUGCGAGAUCUGUGGCAAAUCGUUUACCGAUCCGAGCAACUACUCCAAGCACGCCCGGCUGCACGAGAUGGACGGGGUGGAGGUGGUGUGCAACUUCUGCAACCGGCCGUUCAAGAACAAGAGCGCCAUCUCGAAGCACAUCUUUCACUGUCAGCAGAAGAUGGCCGGUGCUGCACCGAACAACAAGGGCGAAAAACGGGAUGGUGCUUCGAAAAAGGGAGCCAGCAAGGAGGGAGGAGGCAAGAAAAGUCGCCGCGUUGGUGUGGCGAUCGGGUACGGCAAGGAUGGUGGUGCUAGUGGUGGGGGGAUGAUGGUUAAACCGAAGCAGGAAAAGGCGGCCGACGAGUCCGAGCAGCCGGUGGUGGCGAUGGAAACGUCGCACGGAGGCGCGGCUAUGAACGGUGCACGCACAAAGCAGGCGGCGAAGAAGAAGCACAAGCGGCGACGUAUGCGAACGCCUUCCUCAACCGAGGAGGAGGACGAUGAGGGCGAUGAGCAGGAGGAGAUGGAUGAUGACGACGACGACAGCGGGGACGAUUUUCGACCCGACACAUCCGAGCUGGCCAGCUUGGGCGUGACGGUGAAGCGGGAACGGCGCAGCAGAAAGAGUGGUGGCGUUGCAGUAGCGGCUGCCACGGAGGCGUAAGGCGGAGAGAACAAGGUGUUUAUAAACCCCACGUGUGCGCGAUGCUUAAGGUUUUAGUAGGAGGAGGAGAAUGGGAGGAGUGUUCAGUACUUCCAGUUGCUGUUUUUUUUCAACGCUCAACUCACAGUAGGCGACGAAGAACAUUGGGGAUAAUCGUGUGUACAUGGUCCAACCAGCUUGUUUGGGGCUGGAAAGUUUAUGAUAAGCAAUAAUGACAUACAUACCGUGUGUAUGUGUGUGAUAGAGAUAUUAUAUACAUACAGAGAGAGAGAGAGAGAGAGAAAAGGUGGUCUGCAUUUUCGCUGCAUUAGUAGAGGUAGCGUGCCAAACGGUACUGUGAGAGGUCUUCGUAUAUUCGAUUUAAUUGAAAUACUAUACUGCAAGGGAACUGUGAAUGUGGAAAACAAUUAGAAUUGAGAAGAGAAAGUGAGAGAUAGAGAUAGAGAUAGAGAGAGUCCCAUACCUUUUUGUGUGGGACUAUAUUUUACACUUACACCUACUUAAAAGUGGUCUUAGCCUGGUAGGAUAGGAGAACCUAGAGGGACCUCCCACAGAUUUGUGGAGAAUCUUGAAUUAUCAUCGUCAUUAUCAAGCAAAGUUAAAACAAGUAGAAGACAGAGAGAGAAAGAAAAAGGGUUCGUCGCUUACACUCUUUCCAUUUUUAAAUGCGACUGUAUUUUUAAUGCGUUUACAAUGGAGGGGUGUUUUCUUAAACACUAAACCGUGCAGCUAAAGCGCGCGCUCGCUCUCGCUUUCGACAAGGACAAUGGCAUACGAAGCAAAAUUAAAGCUACUAGUUCCCAGUCGGGCGGAAGAAAGGUUCCACGUUUCGAUGAUGCAAGCGCCAAUAUAUCUCUCCAUAGUGUUGCAACUUUAUUCGAUCGAUUCUCUUAACUUAUUCUACCCACAGCAGCAACACCAACAACACAAAUGGCAAACAGAUUCGCCUCUCCACCAAGCAAGCUCCCCGUUUUGCGUUAAUGUACUAUUUUCUCUAAGCGCUUUUAGUUUGUAAGGUAUGCAGCAGCAUUAUGAGUAGUUUUUUUUUCUUCAUUUAAUUUCUUUUUUGUACGUACGCCCUAGAAUUUGAUAAGUUAAUUUGUAACAUAUACAUAUACUUGCCCGCGAGACCGCCGCAGCACACCUGUUUUGUUCCCUGUCACACUGUUCCAACCAGUGUCUUAUUUUUCUCUCUCUGGCUCGCAUUUCGUGUUUCGCAUUUAGUUUAAAAUGAAGAUCCCAGAACAAACACACACACAUGUACAGGAGAAAGGAGUAGUGAAGCAAGCACAAAAGCGAAUUGUUUGCCGAAAGCAGUUUUUUUGCUCUAGUGAUAAGCAUGAAAAGACAACAAAACAAAUACGGUUUUUUUUUAAACAUUCCGGACAGUUUUUUAGGUAACACAGACACAGCAUUUCUUCUUGAAUUCUUGAACUUUUUGGGAUAAAUAAUGCCACUUUGAAAAGAUCAAGCGACGAGCGCCGCGCGCGUGUGUGUGUGCUAUUUACUUGUGUCCAUAAAAGUAUUCCAUUUUGCAUUUUCCCCUUUAUUGAUCUAUUGAAACUAAAAAGGGCAGCAGCAGCAGAAGCAGCAGUGCAAAGCAAACAAAAAAACACAAAUCAAAGGUCUUUUGUGUGUGUGUGUGUGUGUUGUGGCGGAAUACAUUUUCUUUUCGAUGGUGUUGUGGUUGUCGUAACGGGCCAGAAAUACAUUUCCAUAUGCGUUUUUGCUUAUGCUUGGUGUAACAAAGAGCCCCAGGUGUAAGAUAAAUGGCGAAAAGCGAUAACAAUGAUAGUGUGUGUGUAUUCCUUUUGUUUUGCGUUAGCACAGUAACAACAACAACAACAAAAAAGACAGAUAUUAUUUGAUUUAUAUAUUGCUGACAAUAUUAUAAUACAUAUAUUAUUAUUAUUCCAAACUUUUUUUUCCCUUCCUCCCUAAUAUUUUUUUGGCUUAGUGUGUGAACUCUUGAACCGAAGGGUAGGGAAGGAAGGAAAAAAGAGAGAGAGAGAGAGAGAGAAAGAGAGAAAAACGCCUACAAUGAUAGCAUUCCCGAAAUAUACAAGUAAGCAAAUACACAAAAACAUUUUGGAACAAAACAAACGGGGUGGAGAAAAAAAACAUAAUCAAACGUGUAAGAUUUUUGGAGUGGUAUUUUGUGUGGAAAGAUAUGAUCCUAAACAAUCCCCCAAACAGAGUGUGAUUAAAGUAUUUUGAGAGAGGGAACUUUAAAAUUAAACGAUUUUGCCACUCGCGUGGACUAUUUUGGAGUUGAGACGGGAAAGGGUGAAAGAAAGUUAUUUGUAAAAAAAGGGAAAGAAUCGCAGGCAACGAAGGAAAAAGACACACUUUUUUUGUAUUUAAAAGGAACGCCGACGGAAAACCAACAAAUAAAAUGUAGCCAACGGUCACUAAUAUAUGGGGUCCGUUAUUAUUUUUUUCUAAA